GAGAACAGAGGUAGGAGCCGGUUGUGUCAGCCCAGCCUCCCCUGGGCUUUUCUGCAGCUACGGGAGGCCAGAGGGUGCACAUAAGCGUGCAAAGGCCUUGCCAAAGGAAGGGGGCUGCCUUCAUCUCCGCCGUGUUUGCUUUGUGUCCCCCACCAGUCUCUGGUUGCGCCCCUUGGCAGACGCAGCUGUGAAGAGGAAACAGCAUGGGCAAGAAGCGCAAAGGUUCCCUGCAGCAAGAGUCUGCCAACAAGAAAGUCAAAGGAGAGCCUGCUGCAGCAGCCACCAGGGCCCCCCAAACUCACAGGCAAGAAUCGGAGGAUGAUUUUGAAGAGGAAAAGCCCAGUAUGAAGAAGAAUCUCUCAAAAGUUUCUGGUGGAAAUAAGAAGAAGAAAGGAGAUUGUGACACUGAAGUUCAUAGCCUACCAGGUAGAUCUUCAAGGCAAAAAGGAGCAAAAUCAGUAGCGAAAGAGGAAAAUAACAUAGAUGUAAAAAACAAAGGGAAUCGUAACAAAGGGGAAAUGUGCAGUGCUUUACCGAGCCCCUCUCAGAAGGAGAUGACUUUGAAGAGACAAUCAACUAUUAAAAAAGAAAUGGAUGAAGAUGAUGAUGGAGAUGGAAGUGAGGAUGAGUGGGAGGAUGUGGAAGAGCUCGAAGAUCCUGUCCUGGAUAAGUCAGGAGAAGCUGCUGCCCUUCCUGCACUGAUGUUGCCCAGCAAACCAGUUGAGAUAGAAAUUGAAACUCCAGAGCAGGCAAAGAAAAGAGAGAGAAGAGAGAAAAGGAAAGCCGAGUUUGAGACCUAUCUCCGGAGAAUGAUGAAACGCUUCAACAAGGAGGUUCAUGAAGAUAUGCAUAAGGUUCACCUACUAUGUUUGCUAGCAAAUGGUUUCUAUAGGAACAGGGUCUGCAACCAGCCAGAUCUUCAGGCUAUUGGCCUUUCCAUCAUCCCCACCCACUUCACUAAAGUGCCUGCAGGUCGUGUAGACCUUCUCUACCUCUCCAACUUGGUGAAAUGGUUUGUUGCAACCUUCACUAUCAACACUGAACUCUCUGUUGAUGAUCGAGAGAGCCUGCAGUCCACUUUAGAGAGACGCUUCGCCAUCUACGCUGCAAGAGAUGAUGAAGAGUUGGUCCAUAUGUUUUUACUUAUUCUACGAGCGUUACAGUUGCUGUGCCGGCUUGUGCUGUCUCUGCGACCCAUUCCCCUGAAAGAGCCAGCGGGAAAGGGCAAGAGCUCCUGCAAGAAGCACUCUGCCAAAAAACCUAAGGCUCCAUCAAGAAAAAGCUCCUGCAAAGGAGCCAAGCAACAGGAGACUCUGUCAGGGAGUGAAGGAGCUGACAAGGAAUCAAACACCUCUGGAACCAAAAGGAAAAGUAAGUCAAAGGUGAUCAAGGAUUGCCAGGAACAAAAGGAAUCCAGUGAUGAUGAAAGCAACCUGGGGGAAGAGGAAGGAGCACACAGGCCCAGAAACCAUUGCCGACGAAGCGUGACCUUGAAAGUGUCUUACAAAGAGGAGAGUGGAAGUGACGAGGGCAGUGAUUCUGAGUUUGAGGCUUCAGAGGAGGAGGACAGUCAUUUCUCUGAUGAGGAUUUUGAAACUGUGUCUAAGAAACAGAAAAGAUCAUCGGGGCCCCAUAAAGCAAGGAUAGCGGUUGAAAACAGCAGGAAAACCAGGUCUUUGGAAUCAAAGGGGCCCAAGAAUUCAGGUGGAAAUGAGCAAUUGCUGGCAAAAGCAGCUUCUCCAGGCUCUUCUAAUACACCCAGGAAGAGGAACAAAAUCAUCUCUAGUGACGAUGAUGGGGAGCAGGAGGUGGUGAAAGUGACAGGCACAGAUCAGUGGUUGGAAAUCUUUGUUGAGCGGGAAGACAGGUGGGUGUGUGUGGACUGCGUUCGUGGCAUCGUUGGCCAGCCCUCUAUGUGUUUCAAAUAUGCCACCAAGCCAGUUUCCUAUAUUGUGGGGAUUGACAGCAACGGGCACGUAAAGGAUGUAUCACAAAGGUACGACCCAGCAUGGAUGACUUCGACAAGGAAAUGUCGUGUGGAUCCCCAGUGGUGGGAAGACACGCUGGAACCAUAUAGAAGCCCCUUUGUGGAAAGAGAGAAGAAGGAAGAAAGGGAGUUUCUAGUUAAGCUUCAAGACCAACCGCUGCCGACCGCCAUUGGAGAGUACAAAAAUCACCCUCUUUAUGCAUUGAAGAGGCAUAUCCUGAAAUAUGAGGCCAUCUAUCCUGAGACUGCUGCUAUCCUAGGAUACUGCAGAGGAGAGGCGGUAUAUUCCAGAGACUGUGUGCACACACUGCACUCCCGGGACACCUGGCUGAAGCAAGCUCGAGUGGUGAGGAUUGGGGAAGUGCCCUAUAAGAUGGUGAAAGGAUAUUCCAACCAGGCAAGGAAAGCACGAUUGGCAGAGCCUUCAAACAGGGAGAAAGACGAUUUGGGGCUGUUUGGCCUGUGGCAGACAGAGGAGUACCAGCCUCCUGUGGCAGUGGAUGGAAGGGUUCCCCGGAAUGAAUAUGGAAACGUGUAUCUCUUCCUGCCCUGUAUGUUACCAAUAGGCUGUGUGCAGCUAAAGCUUCCCAACCUGCAUAGAGUGGCACGGAAACUGGACAUUGACUGUGUUCAAGCCAUCACUGGAUUUGAUUUUCACGGUGGCUACUCACACCCAGUUACUGAUGGCUACAUAGUCUGUGAAGAAUACAAAGAGGUGCUCAUCGCAGCCUGGGAGAAUGAACAGGCGGAGAUAGAAAAGAGGGAAAAGGAGAAAAGAGAGAAGAGAGCACUGGGGAACUGGAAAUUGCUGGCAAAAGGACUUCUGAUAAGAGAGAGACUGAAGCAACGCUACUGCAGAAACAGUGAGGCAUCCGGCUCCAUGAUGGAGAAAGGAGCUGGAUUUUCUUCUGAUGAAGAAGGGGAGCCAAGUUCAGAGACUCCAGCCGAAGAUGUGGUUGUUUCUUGGCCUCAGAAUCGGCAAGUGGAUGAACAAAGAAAAGAGAAAAAAGGCAGAAAGAGCAAGCGUGAAAAGAAAGGAGAAGUAGCGCACUUGUUCCCCUUUGAGAAGUUGUGA